AUGCCCAAGAGAAAGAUUCCUUUAGAAGAGCUAGAUGUUGAUGGCAAUGAACAAUAUUAUGAUAGUGGUGCUGCUGCGACUGAUGAUGAUGAUUAUGUAGAAGAUCCUCAAUCAAAUCGCAAAAGAAGACAAACAGUGGAGCAUAGCACACAAGCUGACUUGGAAUACGAAGAGGAGGAUAAUAACAACAGCAGUGGUGCACCUGGCUUCCUUGGUGAUGGGGAUAAGGCGCAUGAUGUCAAUUAUGUUGUAAAAUUGAUUCUAACCAAGGAUGCCAGAGGUCAAAAUUUUCAAAAGAUGCAUAUAAACCAGUAUCUCACCAAUAAAAGAUUCAAAACUGAUUCGUUGCUAGAUGAUGCCAUUGCUAUUUUACAGAAUAUUUAUGGGUUAACAUUGGUUGAUGCUCCCACUGUUAAACAAGAGAGGAAGUUUCACUCAAGUCAGAGAAAACAAACUGAACCACUUAACUCAGCAAACGGUGACAAAAACUCCAAAAGACAACUACCUAGAAACAGAUUUUUUUUAGCCAGUAGUCUACUGAAACAAGCACAAGAAGUAUUAGGUGAAUUAUGGAUGAAGAAAGUUGACAGCUCAUUAGACAAGACUAAAAUUGGUGAUGCAAGAUUCUUUAUACCCAAAUAUACUAAAAGCCCAUUACCUAGGCUGAAUUCCGACUUGGUCAAGACAGGAAUAAUGAUACUUGUAACCACCCUUGUGAUACUAUCGGAAAAUCAUAUAAUGGAAUCACAAUUGAUUCGAAGUUUGAAAAAAUUUGGUAUAUCUGAAAGUGUUAAUAUGAAAAAUACAAAUUUGAAUAUGAAUUGGGAUGAUAUAUUAAAAGAAUUGGUGAGUCGCGAAUAUUUAACCAAAGUUCAAUUGGAUGCAUCAGCAAAUGAUAAGAUUUAUAGUAUAUCAUUGGGUAGAAGAAGUAUAACCGAAUUAACACCAAUGGGAGUAUAUGGAUAUAUAAAGACAUUAUAUGGGUCUGACUUUAAUGAAGUUAUUGCUGAUAGGACCAGAGUCACCAUUGAAAGAGCAUAUGGGGUUGAGUUGAAAAAUGAAAAUAAAGAGAUAGAGGAAGAAGAACAACAAAUACAGGUAGCAAAUAAUGGAGAAACAGAAACAACGUAG